AUGCCCCGACGUCCGUCGGCAUCUGUCGGACCCUCCUCGUCGUCCUCGUACACCAGCACGCCCAAUGCUAGUGCGGCGGUGCUCAUACACCGCACGACCGAGUCCCACCAUGUUAUACCCGCGGUUUCCGCACCGUCGAUGCACUCUACCAUGAAUCACGCGCCACAGCUCCUGAUGAUGGGCUCUGCAACGCCCCAGCAGAAGAUUGUGCAGGUCCUGGUGAAGAGGUUGAAGGAUAAGCUGCCAUGUAAUUCUGGUCUAUCGUUGGAUCGCGUCGAGCAAGACCAGCCAACGCAGCAGGCUAUUGAGACGUUGAUGGACCUUUCGAAGGAUUCUUUGGAUAUGAUCGCAUGGGCUCUCUGCGAGCUGCUCGACCGUCUGGCCAAGCAGACAGACAAGCACACCGAAACCAUGCACAUCAGUGUUCUGCAGUCGCAGCUUUUUAUCCUCAAAGUGCUGUCAAUGGCGAUGGCCUCGCGGUGGGUGCACCCGCCGUACACGCGGGACGAUCGCCCGCUCUCGUCGCCAGACUCGCCAGUGCCUCCAGGUGCAGGAUCGUCGCGCAGCAGCCGCAGGCAGGCGCCGUCUGAGUACUCAAACGGCCAGCCGGCGUCGUGGCAGGAACCUCCGCCCCUCGACGACGCGUGUGUCAAGUACAUCCUCAGUGUCAUGGUGCUCUUCAUGCGCCAGACUACCCCCGCGGACGCCCCGCUCGUCCACCAGAACCGUUCGUCGGAUAUCUCGUUCAGGGACUUUGAGGAUAUCAAUAUGUAUACCAUGAACCAUGUCGAGACUGAGAUCCAGAGUGCUAACAACACUGGUAAAGCUGCGCAAGCAGGGACAAUCCCGCUUCGCAGCCAGCCGUCUGCAACAUCCAUGAAGUCAUACACAGCGAGCACAGCACACUCGAUGGCCUAUAUCGCGGCGACGAGCACGGCGUACGAGUCGACGCACAUGUCGCUCGCGCGCAACGCGGUGUCGCUGAACAGCCAGAUCGCGAAGUAUGUCGGCCGGGUGAUCUUCCAUAUCUCGGCGUCGAAUUGGAACGUGGUCUUUGACCGCCUGUCGUCGAAGAUCGUCAAUUUGGCGGGGCAUCCCGAGCAGCCGCCGGACAUUAUCGACCUGCAGCUGUUGUCGCAUUGUGUGAUGGAUAGACAGCGUCUAGUUCUCGUUCUUACACAGCUUUCCUCCUUGUUGGUGGGCUUGAAGGACAUAACAAAGCACGCUGUGACGAUCCAUCUUCGUUCAGCGAUCUGGAACUGGAUAGAUUUAUUUCCGGCAGAGUUCAACGAUACGAUCCGCACGAGAGGGCGCACCGAAGGAACUCCCGAGCGAGUGUUUGAUGUUCUGUAUUCGAAUACUCCCCUUGGCCAGGAGGAGAAGAUCAAUUGGCCGACGUUGACCAUUUUGCAUUGCAUCAUGUCUGAUAGGAUAACUCCUGAUUAUCAGUUUGGAACGUCGAAUCAUAAGAGCAAAAAGGAACUCAAGUUCCUCGACUUGGUCGUAAAGAGCGUCUCCAAUAAUUCCAAGACCUCAGAGAUCUCAUUGACCUGUUUGGUGGAUAUGUGUCGUGCGGCGGCAUAUAUCGAUCCAGAGGGAGAUGUACCAUUGCGUCUGAUCGCUCCAGAUGUCGCCCAUGAAAUUAAGGUUGCCUUGUACAACUGUGGUUCCACACGAAGACCAUUCUGGGAAUCAUAUGAAGACAUUGAUGUCGCGCUGUAUGCGGAUGCCCUUGUUGCUCUGUUCAGGUUCUUGCCUCCGGAGGAUUCGACGCCACUUUUCCAGGCGUGUGUGGAGCCAGAGAGAUCUGAGCCAGUAAAGACAUGCGCUGUUCGUGCGUGUCUGACGUUGGUUCAAGACAGGCCGCGCUUCCCCUGGCAGAGAUCACUGGAUGAACUUGAGGAUGCUAUUGCGGCGAGAUGCAGAGAUAUCUUGAAGUAUUCCGGCACACGACGACAGGAGGUGGAACAUAAUGGGGUUAUGAAGCGGAUUUCUACACGCCCAAGAGCAAAGAGACUUUUCCCUGAACCUCUUUCCGACAGGGAGAUUCUCAUUCUGGCAAUUUUGUCAUUAUGGCGAGCUACACCUCUGUUCUUCGUCAAAGGAAUAACAGACGCCUCAGAUAUGGACGCUUGGACGAAUAUGGCUGUAAAGUUGUGGGAAGCGCCUAUCGACAUUUCUGUAAAAGUGUCUGUUGCAAGCUGUAUGCGGCGGAUAUCUCAGCAGACGUUCUUGUCUUCUUCUGAGGACCCUAACCAUGCCUUGAUGAUGGAAAUUGUCAAGACUUCUUUACCUAUCACACUGCUAAGCGUUUCUGCCAACUUGCUAGCGACUAGGUCCGACCUGGAUGCUCAAAGGUUAUGGAUAUCUGUGGCGCAUCAGAUCAUCGAGGCUUUCGUCAAAAAGACUGAUUUCCCGCACAUGCGAGACGUUCAAAAUGACCCCAAGCGUAUACCUGCAUUUGCCCUUGCAGAGAUGGCUUUCUUGGUCUCAUUGACCUCUGCUGAUAAUGACAUCUCGCAGCUUGCUGCGAAAGGUCUUCGUUUACUCUCGCACGCUGAGCGGCAACCUGGAGCCCCUGUGAACACCUCUAUGACCGAGGAAGAUCGGUCAAAGAGAAAUCUUAUUUAUGAGCAGUUGGGUGAUCCCAGAAUCACAGUUGUUGCUGGUCGUGUGGGCCAUCAGAAGCGCAUUCGGAAGCUCGUUCGUAUGCUAACAUUUUCGGCCGGAAUACAUGUCGUGUUGUGGGAAGAAUGUUAUUGGCGCUGGCGGGCGUUGACUGAGUCAAUUAACAAUGCCAUGUACGAGGCAGCCGCCGCGUUGGACGCGGAUUCUACGAAAAAAGGCCCCAUGACUCCGCUGACCUCUAUGACAUUUUCGCAAACUGAAAUACGCUCUCAAUGGCACAAUCUGACACUAUUCUUAGCAGCUUUAGGGGGCGAAUGUCUGCUAGAAGGACAAGACCUUACAUCGCUGUCUAAAGUGAUAUCCAACAAGUAUCUUCCUGAUAAGAUGCGUGUUGUUCAAAAUCCGAUAUCUCUUGUCGAGGCUUUCAUUGGCGACUUGAUCAAUUUGUUGGUGUCUGAAGAUACUCAGAUUCAAAAGUAUGUCCUAGAGGCACUGGGAUCCGAGUUAUGUCCUCGUCUAUAUAGCAGGAUGAUCCGGAACAUUGAGGAGACGCUCCGAACUCUUGCUGAAAAGACGGAGUCAUCUGACCGCGAAAACAAUAACCUUGUUCAACUGCUUGAUCAGGUCAUGGCAAUUCUUAAACUAGUGUCAGAAAACCAGGAUGUGACUCUUGAAGAUGUCAUGAACGUUGAAAUCCAUCCCACAAUGCAACUUCUUCUCAAUUUCACUUGCCGAACUGUAGGACCCUCUACACACCGCUUAAGACUCAAGUUCUGCGGAUUAUGCGAAAGCUUGUGUAGUAGGACUGAUAAUUUGACAAUCCGCAAAGAUAGCUCCCUACGCCACGACAUUCUCGAUCAGGUUCUUGGAGUAUGGAUGGUUUCUGCCAAGGUGAUGGUGGACCAUCCUAAUCCAGCCUCUGCCAAUGAACUCAAUAUGGCUUGUCUUCGCGCCGCAGUGAAGCUGUUGGAUCGGUUACAAUUGAAAACAACGGACACUUCUAAUACCGCGGAUGAUACGGUGCAUGUGGUCUCGCGCCUCUUCAAUAAAUAUUCCACCGCUCUUCUUGAUAGCCUUGAAAAUUGUCAAUCAGAGAGCAUGACCUCUGAUGCAGUGUCUGAGAUUGGUUCCAUUCAACAGAAAAUGCGCACGUCACAGAAAGAGGCUGAGCUGCGAGAACUUGUGAUCACUGGACUCACUCAUUUAGUUAGCUCAAAUAGCGAAAGUGGCUUCAAACAGUGCCUUCCAUUGGCUUACGAUCAAGACAAUCGCAAACGUUCUAUUUUCGCACAUGUUUUCGCCAGAGUAAUAGGACAAGGCACUGUGUUCGAUCCUGAAGAUAAAACAGUGACUAAAGUUCGUCAUAUGUCCUUGUGCGAACUCGUCAGAAGUCCUGACAUGACUCUUGCGAUCACAAUAUGCGAUAUAUGCCCGCCUGCCGAAGCUGAGAUGAUUAUUUCAGUACUCUUAAAUGUUUUUGAUUCUCGACCUGCCUUGAUGAAUCUCAUCAAACUCAUGAUAGAACGCGAAGUGAUGAACACAGACAAUGAAGCAAAUUUAUUCCGAAGCAAUUCUACAUGCACGAGAUUCUUAUCUGCCUUCGCUAAACUUCAUGGAUAUCAAUAUCUCAGAAGCCUUGUUCAACCACUGCUUGAUACAAUGGUUCAGAUGCCUCCUGGGUCUGGAUACGAAAUUGAUCCAACCAAAGCCGUGGGCCAAGACGUCGUCCAAAACCAGCGAAAUGUUGAAUAUGUAGCGUUCACAUUCAUUCAAUUGAUGUCCUCUUCUUUGCCUGCUUUACCUGGAAUGUUCCGGGAAAUCUGUGCACACAUCGGCAAAACUGUAGCUGAAAUCUGGCCAGAGGCAAAAUAUGCAGCGAUGGGCGCUUUCAUAUUUUUGAGAUUCAUAUCUCCGGCCGUCGUGACACCGGAAACAAUCGACAUAGAAGUACCCAAAGGAGAAAACUCUAUAAUCUUGCGUCGAGGUCUCAUGGUGAUUGCCAAGAUAAUCCAGAAUCUGGCAAACAACAUCUUUUUUGGAAAAGAGCCCCAUAUGACCACUUUGAACAAAUUUCUGGAGGGAAACAUUUCUAAUGUGACGCGCUUCCUUUCAGAAUUGAACAAAUAUUCUGCUUCGGGUGAUGAAACUAACGAUCACUGGCUAGGAACAACUUCAGAUGAUACUGACGUUGUGGUGCUCCAUCGCUUUUUCCAUAAGCAUGCUGACAAAAUUGGCAAGGAGCUCCUUAGCCUUUCCAAACCGUCGCCGGAUGGCGAUACUUCAGCUCUUAAUGGAAAGCGAGCGUGGGAUGGCCUGUGCGCACUCUUGGUUGAUUUGGGACCACCGAUGGACGUUCCUCGAUUGGCUACUUCGGAUUCCACGCAACACAGAGAAUUCCUUGAUCUCAUGAGCAAAAUGGCCAACAGGGACACAAGAUCGGUAGAGGACUUGUUUUUGGAGACUGAUGUCCUUGAAAGUACCGCCGUUUUCAUUCUUCGGCUAUCUAAAAUCAAUGUAGAAAAUCUCGACAUCGAGUUGUUCAUGUACUACAUCCUCAAAACAUUGUCGUCGAAUUUGUACAAAGCCCGUCAGUUUGACAUUAUCUUGGAUUGUACAGGUUUCAGUUCUAUCUCGGAGGUUCCUCUUCAAUGGUUAAAAUACUGUGCGGAAUUGAUUCCCUCCGACAUUCGUUCUCGCUUUGCUGUCACCCGUAUUUUGAGUCCCAAUGCUUUGACUCAAAAGUAUCUACGUCGCUUAUAUAACAUCUCUGCUGGCACUCCUCUCUGCAGCGAAAUCAAGGCAUAUACAUCCGUGUUACAGCUUAUGGAAGAUGUUCGGACUGUCGCCAUUGCUCCAUUGGCGUAUCCAGUAUCACUAGAGCAAGAGGUUGCAGAGACAUUUACAGAUGUUACUAUGCGGACAACAUCAAGAGUGCCUGUGGUUAUGCGUGUUGGCACAACUCAUAUCCGAGUAACUUCAGUUAAAUCAUUAUCCAUUUCUCCUGGGUUGUCGUGCAAAUCCACCGAGCUGAUAGCUCUUGCAGAUGUUAGCGAUAUAUACAAUGUUUCAACCGGCCAGGAUACGAACGAAUUCAUCAUACGUCGUAGGCAGGGAGUCACAAUCUACUUUUCUUCUCCUAACAGGGAGCAGAUUGUCAAGUGCAUUAGAGCCUGGAAAGGAAAAAUGAAGGAAGCACCAGCUCCAUUGGCAGAGCGGUUCUCUAGAUUUUCCAAUGUUCCUGCCACUUUGCUUCACAUUGGCUUCCAAAGUGUCGAUCUGAAUGAUGAAGACCUGCGUGGUGCAGCAUAUGAUCUCCUUGGAGCUGUUUGCAAAUAUUUGAAGUACGAUAAGAGCCCUAUAAUCGCUUCCAAAGCGGGUUUCAUUGUCGGUGAUCCCAUUGCAUUUGUCACAAACUUGAGCCAAAAGCUCGCAGAGUUUGCACCUCAACUUACGCUCGACUUUAUCCACGAAGUUUCUGCAGCAAUGACUGGUAUGGAAAAGACGUCGGCGUCGCACCGCAUCAACUGUUUGCAGUACAUGAGCCCUUGGAUACACAAUUUGGCACAUUUCGCCAAUGCGAUCCAUCCACUGUACGAACGUUCUGGAGCGAGACUUCGCGAUUGCAUUCGAACCUUGGCCGAUAUAUCUCUCGCAUUCCCAGAGAUAACUUCAACUGUUCAAAAAUACAUAUGGAGCGAAGUAUCCAAACUGGAGGGUAAUAUCCUGGAUAUCAUACUGGACGAAUUGGUGCGCACGGCUACUGAUGCCGGUAUCGGUACGCAGCGGUGUGAGACUAUUUCUUACAUUGUGGCAUCCCUAUCUUCAAUCAACAUCCGGGGCAGAGUUUACUCAAAAUUGCGAAAGGCUUUGAGUAAAGUACCCCCAAAAUUCACCACUAGUUUUUUGGAACAUUCAAACUGGAGUGAAAUCUCAACAUUGAUUCGAUUAUCAUUAGUCGUUGGAUCUCAAUCAACGGACGCCGGAGUCAACUAUCUUUUCGUUCCCGAAAUUAUUCACCUUGUAUCUCUGGUUGCUGGGGAAGGACCUGCUAUUGUCCGCAAAUCGACCUUCGGAAUUGUCGUAAACCUCUUGCAGUCUCUAUACAUCGCACGUCAUGAAAAUGGCCCCGAGGAGCAAGCAUUAAUGCAAUUGAUUAAUGAUUGCAACCUUCCGUCUACCCUCAAGCUAUUUGGACUUCGACGCGAAACUGCUGCCGGAGAAUAUGUCAACUAUGAAAUGAACAAUGAUAAGGACAUAUUGGAUAAUCAGGAGCAUCUGGUUCAAUUCUUGCUCAGAUUACUGAGUGUAUCGGCAGGCACACAAGGAUUGUUGAAUGUUUGGAAGGCGCGAUGGAUGAGUCUGGUAACUGCAACAGCAUUCCAACAAUCGCCCGCAGUUCAGGCCCGGUCGUUCAUCGCUUUAGCUGCAUUGGCUACUACAGAUGUGGACGAUGACUUCUUGUAUCAAAUUCUAGUGGCCUUCAAGAGCGCAUUGACCAAGGCGAAUGAGAGCAAUACCAUGGCUAUUGUCAGCAUGCUUCGAUGCAUGUGCAAGAUUGUUCCGGCUAUCGUUGAGACGUCCCGGUAUCUGUGUGUCCUCUUUUGGCUCUCGGUCGCCCUCCUGGAAGCCAGUCAUGUUGGAUUUUAUAUCGACGCCACCUGCCUUCUUCGCGUUACGUUGGAGAAUAUGGAGAAACAAGAAAUGUUCAAGUCGAAUUCCGUACACAGUGUUCUCAUGGAAAGUCGCGAACUCUUGGACGAAGUAAUGUCACAGCUUGACGAAAUAUUGCGGAUAUCAUUCGAUACUAGUUUCUCUUUUUCACUGGCUGCUGUCAUCUUUAAAGGUAUCAGGCAUAAUCAGCACCAAAGAGAAGCAGCGGAACUGGUAUUAAGGACACUUUGUCGGGUGACUUCAAGGGUACAGAUGGAUCUCGAAGGUUUACCCAAUGGAUUCAAGGUAGCACCAAGUCCACAUGUGCUGGGCUAUGUUAUUGCCCUUUUACCAGUUUCGACGACUAUCAGUACAUUCCGGAACCUUUUGGUCGAUUGCAACGUUGAAGAUACUUGGAGUUCUGAAAGUCACAUUGGAGAUGCUGAAGAAACAGCAAUUCCAUCCUUGGAUCAUAUCAAUCUUGGCAUUCGGGAUUCCAAUACAGCGCUGCUUGUGGCUUCUUUUGUGGGUACACUUCUCAUUUCCGCCCAAGGCGAUGAUGCAGAAUGUGAAUUGCUGUAUGAACUGCUCUCAAAUAUUGCCAACGUUUAUCCAGACGUUGCUGCUAUUAUCUAUGAUACCAUACAAGACCGUAUAAAAUGGUCAUUUGGGAAUUCGUCCAAUGCAUCUAUCAUUCGCUCUGUUUCCAACAUUUUCCGAAUUGCGUCACAAGAUCCUGUUCGUUCGAGCAAUAGCACGAGUCACGGAUCGACUUCGACUCUCAGCGUUUUGGAAGAAAGCUUAAUUGGACCAGGGCGUUCUCAUCUGAAUGCUCUUGAAGACCUUAGUAUGCAAGGGCUUGCGAACAACUUCCAAUUUCUUCCACUCAACAAAGGCCACGGCACCAAAAUGAUUAACUGGAUACCUGGAUUGAUUACCCUCAUGAUAUCAUAA